AUGUAUUCUAAUAUAGUGAUACAAAGACAAUGGGCGCGUCUCGCGGGUCUCUUUCGCACUUUAUCCUCAUUGGAGGGUCAAAAGUUACCUGUGGGUAGAAAAUCAAUAGACGGUAUUUCACCUCCAGUGCGCAUAUCCCGGUCGUCUACCGACAUAUUGCAGGCGUUGGCUGCCACAGUCGGCGUCGAUCCAACAGCUCCGCAUUUCAAGUACCAUGAUGAUCCCUUUCUCAUCCCUCAAUCAAACUACCGUAAAAGGGCAUAUGCCCUGUCAGCGGAAGCCGGUCGAAAAGCUGCUUCUUGGAUUCGAGAUGAGCAAUCACAAUUAUUCACAACUCGAGAGUGGGAUCCCCCCAUGAAAAUGAAAACUCCUUAUCAUAAUGCAGAUCCACCUAUUGAUGCAUUUAAUCCUAGACCAAUUUAUAAUGAUGAAAGUAAGGUAACUGAAGAAGACCUGUUAUACACUAUACAAAAUGCCCUCUUAGAAGAUGCUAUUAGGGUUUAUCAAUUGUUAAGUGCAUCUGAAGGUGUAAACGAUGAUUUAAAAUUAGCUCUUUUGCAAUUAUUAUGUUUUUACAAUGAAAAAGAGCCAAUUGCAGCAGAGUGGUUGGAAGAGAGAUGGUUUGCUGCAGCCACUAGGGAACGGCAAGCUACAACAUGGAGACUUGGAGGAUUAGCAGAUAAAAUAUUUAGCGCCAUGGAUCCGAAAACACCUGAGGCAUAUUGCACUGUUAUUCAGGGCAUGGCAAAAUAUUAUCAGGCAGAACGCGCUCAUGCAUUGGCGCAAGAGGCGAUGGAAAAAGGUAUACCAUUAUCAACAAGUGUAUAUAAUGCUCUACUUAGUUGCGUUGGAUUCUUAAAAGAGGGUACUACUUUACGAAUUGAGGCAUUGAAAGCAUUGCUUUCCCAAAUGAAUGAACAGGGAAUUUCUCCAAAUAGCGACACUUUGACGUCGUGUUUAAAGUCGAUUUCUGCAUGGGGUGGUGGAAAAGCACUACAAACAUUUGCUCUUCAAAUUGUGGCAGAAUUUAAGCAGUUGAAUAUACAACCAGGACUCUCGGCAUAUUAUUACCUUUUGUGUCUGUUCUGCAAAGAAAGAGGACCCCGUAUUGACGUUUUAACGACCAUACUAAAUGACUUAGAAGGCAGAGACUCCCUAGAACCAACUGACGCGAUGGAUACCCACUUCUUUAUUACAGCUAUGGGUGUGUGUAGUGAACACUUACAGAAUAUAGAUUUAGCGGACCGUGUUCAUGCACUUCUAAUGAAAGAUGACAACUACAGGCUGGUAGGCGAUGCGUACAAGGAGAGCAUUUAUUAUCGACAUUUAGUUUCUGUUGCGUGCAGGCAUGCGCCAUUUGAAAAAACAGCGCAGCUUUUGGAUACGCUAAUACCUAAUAUUUAUGUACCAGAGCCUUCUGUUAUGGAAGAGAUAAUAAAGACACUAGAACUCGCUGGAGCUGGUGACAGACUGGCGGAAGUGUGGUCACAACUGGUGGUGUUUGGUCUGGCUAAGAGGGUAAAACUGGUAGAAAGGCUACUUGAUGCUCUUUGCAACUGCUACACUUACCAGGAUGAGGAAAUAAAGGAGAAAAUUCGAAGUGCUGCAGCCGAUAUGCUGAAAUUUGGUCAAAUGGUUCAAGAACAAAAUGAGCCUGAAUCUAGAACACCCAUUCAGAAGUUAUCUGCGUCAGCGCUGACGAAUAUAAUAGAAUUGUGCGCUGAUGUAAAAGACAAGGCGGAUGAAAGCUGGGAGGUUGUUGGGGAAGCAUUGGCACGGCUUCGAUCUGAACAGGCUUCGGGGUUACCGUCUCGACCCGAAGUUAUUUCAAGCGUUGCUAAGAAGGCCGCUACAUAUGGCAAACCUGGUCUUGCAGCUACAGCGGUUACGUAUCUCGCUGAAUGUGGCUUUGAAGAGGCAACAACAGCAUGCGUGGAGACGCUGGGAGUGAUGCUCAAUCGGCCCACGGAUGAGGUUCAAACACUCUUGAGAGAGCCACGAUCUUCUCUAGAGUCUUCGUUGCACCCCUCCGCCCUUGUUAUAGCAGAGGCUUUUCAUCUAGCCAAAACUGGUGCACCAAUAGACUCUUCGGCAAGUUCGGAAAGCGACAGUGAGACAUCAGAUGACGAUUAG